AUGAGUGAGCUGCGUGUGCAGAGCGGUGGAGGUCUGGUGCAUGCUCUGCUGGCAUGUGAAGGAGCCGCGGCGGGCUCUGCGGAGGCCAACGCCUUCAGCGUGCUGCAGAGGCUUCUGGGUGCAGGACCACACGUCAAGAGAGGAUCCGACAUCACCAGCAAACUCAGCCAGGGCAUCGCCAAAGCCACCGCACAGCCGUUCGAUGCCACGGCUUUCAGUGCUACUUACUCUGACUCUGGCCUCUUCGGAGUGUAUGUCAUCUCACAAGCAGACUCGGCCCGCGAGGUGAUCAAUGCAGCCAUGGCACAGGUGACGGCUGUAGCUGAAGGAAGACUUACUGCAGAUGACCUGACCAGAGCCAAGACCCAGCUGAAGACCGAUUAUCUGAUGUCUUUGGAGAGUUCAGAGGGCCUGCUGGAGGAGCUGGGAGUUCAGGUUUUGAGCAGCGGCGCCUACAGCUCACCACAGUCUGUGACACAGAGCAUCGACUCGGUGACCUCCGGUGACGUUGUCAAAGCUGCAAAGAAGCUUGUUGAGAGCAAGAAGACCAUGUCAUGUUGUGGACAUCUGGCAAACACACCAUUUGUUGAUGAAGUGUGAGAGAAAGUCCCAGUCUAAAGUGCACACAUUGUGCAGCUGCUUAUUUGAGUGUAAAAACAUUCUUAAACUUGUAUGAAUCCCUGAUUGCUGUUGACAGUUGUUUUUUGGUCAGUUCAUCAUGAAGUCUGGUCCUUAGUAACGGUUUACUGGGAGCAGAGGCAUCAGUUUCGUCCAUUUCACUGUAUAUCUGAUGUACAUUCAUUAAAACAAAUCUAUCGGUGAUGAAUACUCCUUGUCUGCUUCAUCAUUCCUCUGAAGAGUCGUCUGUAGAAUCAUGGUUUUAGAACCAUUG